CUGGACUCUGGGCCAGAUUUUGGAGCUCUGGAAUCUCAUUCCCAGCCCACACCUGACUCCACUUUCCUGGAAAGCUAAAACCUUUAGACCGGAGACAAAGCACAGACCUCUCUCUCUCUCUCUCUCUCUCUCUCUCUCUCUCUCUCUCUCAUAUUAACGAUAUCUCUCUUCUAUCGUCACACAACGGCAGAUACAGAGUGACCCAACGAAACAAGCGAGGGUCAGAGAGCGCCUGCAGCAGAAAUGGUGAGAAUUCUUCCCAUCGCGUCGUCGUCUCUCAAUCUCGCUUCCCUUCGUCCUUCUCUCUCUCCUCUCAGAUUCUCGACAACUGCUCGCCUUGGUGUCACUCUAACAGCAUAUAAUCCCUCACGGAAGCUUGCUCUCUUUCGUCUUGGAAGUGCUAUUCCACAGGCACAAUCUUUUGGUAUAAAAGCACCUAAGAUGUUAAGAGCAGAAAGAAACAGCAUAGAGGCUGGUACAGUUGGAAGUGUGGCACAAGCAAGCACUGCAGUUAGCCAGGAAAAUGUAUUGGAAUGGGCCAAAAAUGACAAGAGGAGAAUGCUCCAUGUUGUUUAUCGUGUCGGAGAUUUGGAUAAGACCAUAAAAUUCUAUACAGAGUGUUUGGGGAUGAAGCUGCUGCGGAAACGUGACAUACCUGAGGAGAGAUACACAAAUGCUUUUCUUGGAUAUGGGCCUGAAGACUCCCACUUUGUUGUUGAGCUCACUUACAACUAUGGAGUUGAUAAAUAUGACAUUGGAACUGGUUUUGGCCAUUUUGGUGUUGCGGUUGAGGAUGUUGCAAAGACUGUGGAUCUCAUAAAAGCCAAGGGGGGGAAGGUAACAAGGGAACCUGGACCUGUCAAAGGUGGUAGUACAGUAAUUGCUUUUGUUGAGGAUCCUGAUGGCUACAAAUUUGAGCUUUUGGAAAGGGGGCCUACACCUGAGCCAUUGUGUCAAGUAAUGCUUCGGGUGGGUGAUCUCGAUCGCUCUAUAAAUUUCUAUGAAAAGGCUUUUGGCAUGGAGCUUCUUCGCAAGCGAGACAAUCCUGAGUAUAAGUAUACGAUAGCCAUGAUGGGCUAUGGUCCUGAAGAUAAAAAUGCAGUACUGGAGUUGACGUACAACUAUGGAGUCACUGAAUAUGAGAAAGGAAAUGGUUAUGCUCAGAUAGCAAUAGGCACAGAUGAUGUCUAUAAGACGGCAGAAGCAAUAGAACUGUGUGGUGGCAAGAUCACUCGUAAACCUGGGCCAUUACCUGGCAUCAAUACCAAAAUUACUGCUUGCUUGGAUCCUGAUGGUUGGAAAACGGUUUUUGUUGACAACAUCGAUUUCCUCAAGGAAUUGGAGUGACUCUGGAGACAUCAAUCAUAUGGCCGAGUUUUGCAAUGAGUGAAUUGGUGCAGAGAUUCGCAACGCUUAUGCCCAUUAAAAUCUGACACUGUCAAAUUGAUUCAUCCGCAGGCACCUCAUAAGGGCUACUCUUAACCCCAUUUUGUAGAUAAAAUUCAGUUUGCCUAAUGUAGAAAAAGUUGUAAUAAACAUCUCUCUAGGCAUUGGAUCUACAGCAUUCUGGGAAGGUUACAAUAUUUAUUUGAUUUGUUUGUGAAAUUAAGUCUAA